CUAACAGCUGUUCAUUUUAAUGGUGUUGAAAGUAGCAUUAAGUUAACCAAGUUCUUUUUAAACGUUUUAUUUAAAAAAAAAAAACGAUUUUAUAACAAAAAUAAGAUUUAUAGAUAAAGUUUUAAUCGCCAAACAGCGACAGUAAGCCUGGUACUUGAAACAACUUAUUCCACUAAAGAUUCUGGUCAUCCCCUUAUCAGAUCUGUACAAAUGAUUUCCAGGCGCCCUCACACCAUCCCAUACAGCAACGGUCGUUUAGAGUAUGAGAUAACUGCGAAAAAAAUUGCCACGAUUGAAAAAGACAUACCAUUGACUGAGGAAUUAAUAGAAUUCAUCGUCGGAAAAAAAAUUGGUGAGGAAAAAGAAGAAGAAGUUUCGGAAGAUACAAUUUGUAUACCAGACACGAGUCAAAGUUUUAUUGAGAAAAAAUCGGAAAUAGAGAGAAAUACUUGGACUGACCAAAAACCUACAGCAGGCAGGGUUGGAAAAAUGUCGCAAAUGUUGCAGAGGAUAGUCAAGAAUGAAGACAUGGAUGAAGAAGAGGAAGAAGAAGAAGAAGAAGAAGGAGGAGAAGAAGGAGAAGGAGAAGAAGAAUACAAGCACCAUCAGAAAAGACCUAUGGCGAGACCAACGGGCGAAAGUUCAGAGGAUGAAACACAAGACGAGGGGCCCGCUUACGAUAUCGAAGAAAGAGGUAGAGAAUUGAGAGAACAAGAAGAAAAAAACGCAGAGUUUGUCCAAGAACUAGCUGAUAACUUGAAUGUUUUAGAACUGAAAUACUUCGAACUGAAGCAAAUAAUGGACAGACAUCUUAAGACUUUAAUCGAUGAUCUAAGAUGCGAGGACGAAGAACUGGAGGAUCUUAGGGAAGACAUUGAAUCAGUAUUGGAAGAAGAAUAUAUAAGCUCCUUUGAGUCGGUCGAUGGAGAAGAUUAAAACUAUUCUUCCUAAAUUGUUACUGUCUUAUCUUAACGAUCGAUGGGGGAUAAGCUACCUUAACUGAUUCAUAUAAUUGCUCUUUUGGUAUAUUAUUUUCGAUGCUAAUAAUAAUAAUUUCCGAGUUUCAAACCUUUAACUUAUAUAAAACAUCUUUCCGAAUUGAUAAAAAAAAAAACUUUCAUAUUAUAUAUAAUAUAAAUGUUAUCAAGAUAGGAAACAAUUUUUCUUCUAAUAAGCUGCAUCAAAGUUUGACACCACUGAAAGAUAAAAUAGUUACA